AUGGCUCAAAUUUACCAUGCUUUGAAGUCCAUUAUUUUAGAUUUCUUUGGUCGAGGUAAAUCUAUUCGUCAUUGUAUAACACAUUCAGUCAAGCCUUUUGAUUUAGCUGCAGAUACGGCAGCGUUAUACCAUUCAUCUUUUUUUGGAUCACUUAAAUUAUGGGAAGACUCAAUUUACUUCGCUGUGCCUAAGAAACGUAGGACUGCAGAAGAAAGGCGAAUGCGAAAAUUUCUUUCUUGUAGGUUUCCAUUGUCGUUUUACAUGACAUUUGUAGUGAGAUCUGGAGAUUACAAACCUAGAGACGAUUUGACACCAUGUAAAUUCUGUGGUUACCUAAACCCUCGAAACUUUCUAUGCACCAACUGUUAUAGCAAAGUACGUGAGGAAACUAACUUUUUACGUUCACUUGUCAAUGGUCAACUUCCAAGUGAUCACGAAGUGAAAUUUAUUUAUAAUGAUGAUAACAGCACUAACGCAUCUGUUAGCAAUGCAGAAGUCAAAGUUCCUGGUUCUAGACCUUCAUGGUUCCCAUCUACUCUACAAGAAACAAAGUCUCCAGGUGGUGAGAAUUCAUAACAUUGUUGUACAUUAAUUCAUUAUUUCAUGCGCUCCUAGAUGACAGUUUAUAAAUACACAAUCAUACCUCCUA